AUGCGUUAUACUAACGAUUUCUUAAAGUUCGUCAACGCCUCGCCAUCACCUUAUCAUGCGGUGCAAAACUCGGUUCGCAUGCUCGCCGAUGCAGGCUACGUCGAGCUUUCUGAGCGAUCCCAAUGGAACCUCAAGGCUGGCGGCCGCUACUUUGUGACUAGAAACGGCUCUUCUAUCGUUGCUUUCGCUGUAGGCGGUAAGUGGCAGCCUGGAAAUGGUGUUGCGGUUAUUGGUGCGCACACCGAUUCGCCCUGCUUCCGAGUAAAGCCUGAAAGUAACCGUCAGAAGGAAGGCUAUCUUCAGGUCGGCGUUGAAUGCUAUGGCGGUGGCUUGUGGCCUACUUGGUUUGACCGUGACUUGGGAAUUGCUGGUAGAGUAUAUGUUUCUGAGAACGGAAAGCAUGUGCCCAAGCUGGUCAAGAUUGAUCGGCCCAUUCUUCGGAUCCCAACUAUCGCCAUUCAUCUCCACCGAGAACAGGGCACGAAGCUCGAGUUUAACAAGGAAGAUCACCUUGAGCCUAUUCUUGGUUUAAUCAAAAGCUCUUUUGAUGGAAAGCCGGCUGAUUCGACCGAGCAAAAGGCAACCACGGCCGGCGUGACCACUAUGUCCUCUCGUCACUGUCCCCAGCUUUUGCAGGAGGUUGCCAAAGAAAUCAACGUCGAUCCCGCGGCAAUUGAGGAUUUCGAGCUGGUCGUUUUCGAUACCCAGCCAUCUGUCGUUGGAGGACUUAACAAUGAGUUCGUUUUCUCGGCUCGUCUGGAUAAUCUUAACUCUUCCUUCUGCUCUCUUCAGGGUCUCAUCAACUCGGAUGCUUCUAUCGCAGACGACGCUAGUAUUCGUGCUGUUGCAUUGUUCGAUCAUGAGGAAAUUGGCUCGGAAUCAGCUCAGGGUGCGGCUUCUAACUUUUUGCACGCCAUUAUCUCUCGCCUGGCUUCUGAAGGCACUAAUGUUCCUUACGAGGCUCUUUCCAAGUCGUUCCUGCUUUCAGCUGACAUGGCGCAUGCUAUCCACCCCAAUUACAGCGCCAAGCAUGAGGCUCGCCAUAAACCCGCCAUCAACGGUGGUCCGGUCAUCAAGAUUAAUGCCAAUCAGCGGUAUGCCACGAACUCACCCGGCAUUGUUCUUCUUCAGGAAGUAGCAAAGAAGGCUGAGGUUCCAUUGCAGCUCUUUGUUGUUCGCAAUGACUCGCUCUGCGGAUCAACCAUCGGCCCUAUCUUGGCUUCAAGGUUGGGCAUCCGUACUCUUGAUAUCGGAAACCCUCAGUUGUCAAUGCACUCUGUUCGGGAGACUGGUGGCUCUGCUGAUAUCGGUUAUGCGGUCGACUUGUUCACCAGCUUCUUUAACCAUUUCACUGAGAUCGACAGUACUAUCGAGGUCUAA